AUGGCAAACCCCCCGCCUCACUUGGAUUUAGGCCAAGAGCCGUUUUGGCAACACCUCCAAAGGAACUUGGAACAGGGCCUUGCACAAGGCUCAGCCUCACUUUACUUCAGGUUAUAUGGCCGAACAGACCACACCCCUCCACCUAGCGAGUGGCGAGAGGUAGAGUGGACACUCCAAGACUUUGCAUAUUUCUACGACUGUCCAGAGUAUGAAGCAGCCCGGAUGGCAUACCUGACGGGAGUCGCUAUAUUUCCGCUUGCCCCCUUUCCAACGUGGGCGGAAGUAGUUUACGGGAUGCAAUUUCUUUUCAACCACGUGGACAUGCUCGUUGAUUACAUGCACGUCAGGCCGGAGGUAUUGAUUAAUAAGUCGCCCUGGAAACCACUCGACUUCGCCGUUGGGUUUGUGUUGAGGCUUCUCAACUAUCGGGAGCACAUAGAAAGUGACGUGAUCGAUAGGGGUGAGAUGGUCAAUAAGAAUACGGACUUCCUCGAGAGGCAAAUAAAUUACGCCAAUACCCUUGGUAAGGUUCAGCCGUUCUAUCAGCACUGGGGAAGCUCAGACAAGUGGACCGCAGCCUUUCUCCUAUACACUAAACUUCAGUUUGAACAUGAGGCCUACGUGAAACCCCUUAUGGAAAAUCCUCUGGUCUUAGUCAACGAGUACCACAAGGCAAUGAGCCAGAUAGGACAAGUAAGCGAAGAAGCUCAGAGAAGGUAUAAUGCGUUACGUGCUUUAGAGUUGUAUUUCUAG